AUGGCGUCUCCAGAGUUGUGUCACCCAACCAAAAGCUGUGCUGAAAGCAUCGCGGCGCUCCAUUUCCUCCAUCCAAUUCCUGUUCAGCCGUUCUCCAACCCAGUGACAGAUGUUCAACGUCGCUCGAUACACUACACUUUACCUUUCGAAGUUGAGCGCAGCCUUUGUAGUACGCUCGCUUUCCUUGCGUACCCAAAGGACGACAGUAACAAUAUACCAGCAGUAUGCUUGGAAGAGGGAGCCGGCGGUGCCUACUUGAACGUCUUGCUUGCUGUAAAUCAACAUAAAUGCAACAGUAACUCUUGCGUUCUUGAAAAAUUGAAGAAAGGAUUUAAGGAGAUAUUUUCUCUCCUUGCUGAUGCGGAUGAUGGCUCAUUAGCCAUAGAAAACAAGGUUUUCGGAGCCAUUGUUUCUAUGUGUUCAGCUCGAAUCCUUUCCCGCUUAGGUCUGAUUCGAAGUCGCAAUAAUCAGAGACGGCCAGUCAAAGAAGAUCUCCAAGAUACACUUGGAUACUUUGGAAGAAGUGCGGCGUACAAGAGCGCUGGUCUUUACUCAUUUAUUGAUAGAACAAAAGAAGUGGUGAAGCUCGCCGACUCUUGGAUCAAACAUCGAAGGCAACCUGAGCUGGAGGAACUAAUUAAGGGCAUCCGCCAUCUUGGACAAGUUGAAAACUUCCAUGAUUUAAUCAACACCAUACCUAGCAAAGAAAUGAAUCCGAGCUCCAGGGCUCAUCUCAUUAAUACAAUUAAAAAAGUUGCCCGAUACCGUGAAGCAGCGAGGUUCCUAUAUCGCACGGCUAAAAAGAUUCCUCUAACCCGAAAAAUGCAUCUUGUGCCUGUCCAAUUAUCCCCAGAGUCGUUCAAUAGAGACUUCGGUAUUGACUCUACAUCAGAUCUUCAAACGGCUAUUUCACCAGUCGACGGGGCCAAGGAGAAAAAGAAUCUGGAACUAGUCUGUCAAUUAUUGAAAAUUGAUAAAGAUCAAGCAGACAGACAAUUUACUGGACAGGUACGGAAAACCAUGCAGGAAGCAAAAAUCCAUGCAGAGAUCCAGCUCCUCUAUUACUGCGAAUUCUACAUGCGACCUGACGCGCUAUUACCUCGAGUGGUAUGCUCAAGCAAAGACGCCUGUUGGCUAUGCAAUGAAUUUAUCCUCAUGUAUGAGAAGAUACACACGCCAAGGUGCCAUGGGAGGAUAUACCCGGGCUGGCAACUACCGGCCCGGAACGAACAUGAAUAUCGCAAUUUGGCGACGAGAUACAGUACCCGUCUUCGGGGUCAUAUUAGCAUAGGUUUGAAAACGCUAUUUAGGAGAGGGAAGAGGACCACGUAUCUCACUCCGAAUGAGAGUACUUUGCUUUCACUGCAAUGGUCACGCUCGACAUUGCACAUUGUGACAUCUUCUCCUGACGCUCUGGAUACUUCAAGCAUUAUUGAACAGGAUCCUCAUGAACCUGUGCUUCCCGCCGAGGUAUUAGUCCAUGAGUCGACGUCGGUUGGUAAUGGAAAGGGUAAGGAAAUAGCGACAGAAAUGGAUGGGAGAACCUCUGACGCUUCACCAGUUCACACGAGGGAAAGCACGGAGAAACUGGACGGAAUAAGCGUAGCAGAGACUUCGAACCCCAUACAGAGCAGCUUGACACUUGAGCUGGGCCGUACCAAGUCGAGAGAGAUUAGGAUGGGGAAGACCUCUUCACUAUACAAAGCAGGUCCCUUGGAUGUACAGAUCGAAUAUGCGGAGAGUUCAAGCCCAGAGUCACCAGAUAGACAUCGGAAGAAACUUUCGUAUACUGUCGAGUUAUUGUCACCCGAGGAAGUUGAGGAACUGCGACACGGGCGGGAGGACCUAUUUGUUGACGCAGAGUUGCUUGAAGGUGAGUCAUGGGGUAACGGUACGUAG